GCGGGGCCGAGAAUCAACCGUCAACAGCUGCAGCAAGAGGGGGACCGUUGCAGAGGCUGGCAUGGCAUAGGGAGCUUUUCUCGCUGUAAGGCGGCCUUCGCCCAACCGAGGAAGAUAUCAAAUUACCCCGGGCGACAUGGUGGAGGCGGACGACUUCUGCCCCCAUCUGGACUCCAUCGGAGAAGUCACUAAGGAAGAUCUCAUUCUGAAAUCAAAGGGAUCGUGCGAAUCAUGCGGUGCCGGAGGACCAAACCUGUGGGCGUGUCUGCAGGAUGGCUGUCAGUAUGUGGGUUGUGGAGAGUCGUACGCCGAUCACAGCACGCUGCAUGCGCAGGCCAAGAAGCACAAUCUCACGGUGAAUCUGACCACCUUCCGCGUCUGGUGUUACGCCUGCGAAAGAGAGGUUUUCCUCGACCCCCGGGCUCCGCCACCUUCCCAGACAACCUCUCCCAAGCUCGGACACCGGGACUUGCCACCACCUGCCCACAUGCUGAAGUCUGUCCCCAUAGCUGUCGCGGAUGAUGGUGAAUCGGAGAGCGACGAUGACGAUGUGAAGCCCAGGGGUCUUACGGGGAUGAAAAACAUUGGGAACUCCUGUUACAUGAACGCGGCUCUGCAGGCUCUCUCCAACUGUCCUCCUUUGACGCAGUUCUUUUUAGAGUGUGGGGGCCUGGUACGGACAGACAAGAAGCCUGCGCUGUGUAAGAGUUACCAGAAACUCAUCUCUGAGCUUUGGCACAAGAAGCGACCCAGCUACGUGGUGCCUUCCAGUCUGUCUCAUGGAAUCAAACUGGUGAACCCGCUGUUCCGUGGAUAUGCCCAGCAGGAUACCCAAGAGUUUCUGCGCUGUCUCAUGGACCACCUUCAUGAAGAACUAAAGGAGCCGGUGCCUACCGAAAGCAGGGAUCGAGAUGAGGAAGAGAGGGUUGAACAACGGGAAGCGGAUCGCUGCACAACCGACGAGGACUUUUUGUCCUGUGAUUCGUCGGGCGAGAUGGGCGAUGGGGAUGGCAGAGGAGGCGGAGGUUCGCUGUCCGAGAUGGAGCUUCUCAUUCGGGAAGAGACCGGAAGGAGUUUAUCGGAAAAGGAGAAGCUGAAGGAAAGGCGGCUCUCGUACUGUCACCGGAGGACCAGCUCGGAGCAGGCGGAUGAGGAUGCUGAUGUAGACACUGCCAUGAUUCCAGGUGAUCUAGCGCUUGGCCGUAUGUCUGACACGUCUGUAGGUAAAAGGGACUCACUGUCUCUCCUGUCUCCAGAGCCUGACAACGAAGCCUACAUGCACUGUUCGUCCCGACCCUGCAGCCCGCACCCCACUGAAUCGCACCCCAAGAUCUCCAGCAGCCCCCCGCGCUCCAGCCCGCUGCGCUCGGCGCACUACGUCCUAAAGAAAGCGCAAGUUCACAAUGGCGGUAAGCGUCGGUCUGAGGUCCGGUACCGCAGUGUCAUCUCUGAUAUCUUUGAUGGAUCCAUCCUGAGUCUUGUCCAGUGUCUGACGUGCGACAGGGUGUCCACCACCAUUGAGACGUUCCAGGACUUGUGUCUACCCAUCCCGGGAAAAGAGGACCUGGCGAAGCUCCACUCCGCCAUUCAUCAGAGCUCUGUUACCAAGGCUGGAAACUGCGUGGAGAACUACAACUCCCAGGGCUGGCUGACAUUCCUUAUGGACUACAUACGCAGGUUUGUGGUGUCCUGCAUCCCAAGCUGGUUCUGGGGCCCGGUGGUGACGCUGGAGGACUGCCUGGCUGCCUUCUUUGCUGCAGAUGAAUUAAAAGGUGAUAACAUGUACAGUUGUGAGCGAUGUAAAAAGCUACGAAACGGCGUUAAGUAUUGUAAAGUUUUACGUUUGCCAGAGAUCCUCUGCAUUCACCUGAAGCGUUUCCGUCACGAAGUGAUGUACUCCUUCAAAAUCAACAGCCACGUAUCCUUCCCUCUGGAGGGGCUCAAUCUCCGGCCCUUCCUGGCCAAAGAGUGUGUCUCGCGAACCACAAGCUAUGACCUGUUGGCUGUCAUUUGCCAUCACGGGACGGCAGGCAGUGGCCACUACAUAUCUUAUUGCCAGAAUGUAAUUAAUGGCCAGUGGUACGAGUUUGAUGAUCAGUACGUCACGGAGGUCCAUGAGACGGUGGUUCAGAACGCAGAGGCCUAUGUCCUCUUCUACAGGAAGAGCAACGAGGAUGCCGAGCGGGAGAGGCAGAAGGUCGUGUCCUUGGCAGCCAUGAAGGAAUCCGGCCUUUUGCAGUUUUAUAUUUCCCGCGAAUGGCUCAACAAAUUCAACACGUUCGCGGAACCCGGACUGAUCACUAACCAGAGCUUUCUGUGCUCACACGGAGGUAUUCCCCCAAAUAAAUACCAUUAUAUCGAUGACUUGGUGGUGAUUCUGCCCCAGAAUGUAUGGGAAUAUUUGUAUAACAGGUUUGGCGGAGGUCCGGCCGUCAAUCAUUUGUACGUCUGCUCCAUCUGUCAAGUGGAAAUCGAGGCUUUGGCCAAACGCAGGAAGACUGAAAUCGACACGUUUAUUAAGUUGAAUAAGGCGUUCCAGGCCGAAGAGUCUCCUGGCGUCAUAUACUGUAUCAGCAUGCAAUGGUUCCGCGAAUGGGAAGCGUUUGUCAAAGGAAAGGACAAUGACCCACCGGGGCCGAUUGAUAACAGUAAGGUGGCUCUAACCAAGAGCAGCGGCCAAGUCCAACUAAAACCAGGGGCCGAUUACGGACAGAUUUCUGAAGAGACGUGGAACUACCUUUUCCACAUUUACGGGGGUGGCCCGGAGAUAGCCAUACGGCAAGCUGUGACCCAGCCUCAGGAGCCAGAACACCUCCAUGGGGAGCAGAAGAUCGAAGCGGAAACCAGGGCAGGCUAACGG